AUUUAACAAACAUGAAUGUAGUUCCAUCACAUUUUGAUGCUACAGCUAUUAGAGGAGGACCUAACAAUAAAACCUUAUUUCUAUCUGGAAGCACGUCUCGUCCCGUUUAUGCAUUCAAUGCACAAAACAAUUCAUGGAGCAUUCCACUCAUAGCUGGAUAUGAUGACAUUAGAGCGAUUGGAGAAGUUAUUAAUUUCAAAGGAGAAUCAUAUAAAUUUGGUGGAUUCGCAUAUAAUCCAAAUAGAUUUACC